AUGUCAACAGUGAAUGACAGUUUAUGUACAUCAGAAACAACAGAUACCUGUGUAAUAUUUGAAGUUUCAAAUACAAUUAAAGAAAUAGAAGAAACAAGUAAUGGACCAUAUUCAAAAAAUGGAUGGGGGAAUGAUUCAUCAUCAACAAUUGUUCAACCGAUUAAUCCAGAAUUUAUUGUAUUUCCAGUAGAUGAAGAAUCAGAAAAAAAGAUGUAUGCAAAUGAAGUUAAUAUUCAAAUAUUAAAAGAAAUAGAAGCAACAAUGAAUAAACUUCAAAAAGCUAAUAAAAAGAAAGAUAAAUUAGCACGUUUAACAGGAAGAAGAAAUAGUUUAGAAAAAAUAUCACCAUUUUUAGUUUCAGAAACUUCAGAAGAAGCAAUUCGUAAUGGAAAUUUAGUUCUUAAAAGUGAUCAUAUUAAACAAAAAAUUGGUGAACGACCAGAUCCAAUAAUUCUCUCUAAACAUGUUGUUGAUAAUAAAAAAUCAUUUGAUAAAAAUGAAUGGAAAACAAAAGAAAAAAUUAAUAAAAUUUCUAAAAUAUUUGGACGACCUGAUUCAAUUAGAACAAUUGCUCUUCUUCUUCAAUCAUCAUCUCCAAAUGAAGCUAUUAUUAAUUCUAUUAAAUUAAAAAAAAUGGAAAAAUUAAAGAAACUUGCAGGUAUUGAAUAA